UUCCAUUUGGCACUAUGAAUUCUACUUUUAGAAGCAACUCAAUUUAUACCCUGACCGGCCCUAUUAUUAAGUUAUCUCCGCCCACCCUUUUGUGCAAUAUAUUUUCUAUUGUCGAAACAAGAUCAUGCGCGAAAAGCGGGAAAUGGUUCUCUCCUAUUGUCGUCUGCUUGUUGAAGGGGAAAUAACUCAGGUUAAAGAUAGGUCAGGUACGUUAUGGUGGGAGAGGCCAAAAAAAAAAAAUAAUAGAGGGAACUGUUGCCGGUGAAGGAUUCAGAUGUCCGUGUUGAUCGCGGAUAAAACAUACUGUUUGAUAAAGCGUCCUGAAUAGGAGAAAUAGAUAAAUUCCAAGGAAACUAAAUUAACAAGUUGAUAAUAGUUGAUAGAAAAGAUUUCUUCAACGUGUAAUCAUCGGAUAAUAAUAAGAAUUCGGAUUUAUACACUACAACCUGGAAUUAUAAAUUGAACUCCUUUCUGAAAAUACAAGUAUAGAAGGAAUAUUUUAAACAUUAAAAGAACCAAAAGCAAACAAGAACUAACUAGAAGUAAAAGCCGAACAAAGAAUUGAACACGAAACCUUCAACAAUGAUCUACAGAGCGCUAAUUUAUUUCUGUGUAUAUACUCGCCUAGUCUGCGUCAUUGCUGGCAGUGACGUUACCACUUUUAAUCAAGACAACGAUUUCGUAGCAGACGACAAUAUUGACCAGCUUCUCCAGACGGAGCAGUUUUUAAAAGUUAAAGACAAUCAGGAUCAUAAGAAAUCAUCUAUUCGAGGCACUCCCUUAUUGGGGAAUGUCCCGUCAGCGGAAGAGAAGAUCUCAGCUGCGCAGGCGCAGUCCAAGAAAACUUCCACAACGCACAACUGUACGAACUCUGAGAGCAGACAUGGCGCACGCGCCAACCAAAAUUCGAGCCUUCAGUUGAAGUGGGAAAGCCUUGACGCCCUCGAGGAAUCGGAAGAGGAAUAUCUUUCAAUGGGAUUAGACUUUGAUUUUAUCCCCACGCAAGAGGAAGCUCGACAUUACAGGUAUAGGAGGGCUAGUACAUUUGGUGUCGGAAGUGGGGAAAGCUUAGUGAGCGGUAAAUUGACCUUGGCCGACGGUACUUUGACCACCGCAGAAGCCACAGAAGGGAACCCGGCUAACACAGCCAAAAAAACUGCUUUGGAGACCGCUCUUCAAACUUUUCUAGCGAAAAAAAUUCCCAGAAACAGAAUUGUUGUUAAAGUCAGGAGAUUAACACGUGGUAGCAUUAUCGUGGACUUUGAAAUGAUUUUCGGCUUCGACGACGCCAGUGGCGGAAACAUCAGCUCUUCUGAAAUAGCAGGGGCCUUUUCGGAUCUUCGGACGUUAGCAGUUGGCAACGCUACCUACUCGGUAAACAGUGUGAUGGUCUCGGACUCCGAAGGCACGCUUAAGCCUUUGGUAUGUUACAAUUGUAAAGUGUACCAGCACUGUAUAGGGAGCAACCCUGAGUGUGUAAUGAAAGAAUACAGACUGUAUCCUUAUGGACCCGCUCAGACAGAUAGUCAAUUGCCGAAAGACAGUGAGUUUGUAACCAGACGAUACACAAUUCAAGAUUAUAUCCCUUGGGAUAACCAGCUAGUGCGAACAAUAUAUAUCUCAGUCAAUGGACUCAUCAGUUUUGAUGAAGAAUUCUCCAGUUACCUCCCUAGACGUCUGCCUGUGACUAAUAAAAAACUAUUGGCUGUUUAUUGGUCAGAUCUGGACAUUGUUUCUGGUGAUGUUGGACAAGUGUAUUGCCAGAUGUAUUCAAAAAGUGGAAAUCUUAACAAAACAAUAUUUAACUUAGCCAACAAAGAUGUAAUGAAUUAUGGUGGUGUUGACUUUUAUGAUGCAUCACUGGUAAUAGUCGUUACAUGGUAUGAUGUGGCACCUUAUCCUUUAAGUGAUGCUGAGAGAGUAACAUUUCAGUGUGUCAUCAUCAGCGAUGGUGAAACCACUUAUGCCAUUUACACCUACGCCAAUGGAGCCUUGCAGUUUAACCCAGUUCUUCAAAGAGACCUUGAAUUAGGGUGGGGAUCAUAUAACCUGGAUCCAAGGCGUUCCAAUUAUUACAAUUUUGAUUCAGUCAUUGGCAAUACAGGAGAAACUGGCCGAUGGAUUUUCAAAAUUGGUGAAAGAGAGAAUUUCAGAUCAAAGUGUUUGAAUUGGUUCCAGGAGAAUGUGGACAACUUUUGGUUAAUCAGUAUCUGGAACUCGAUAAUACCACAAUGUCCUUGCAAUGAACUGUCCGCAUUCAGUAGCGGGCUGUGGCUUCCAUCUUUUGAAGAGAACAAGUGUUAUGAUAGCUUCCCACGUUACGGCAGUUUCGGACGGAGAUGUUGUUAUCAGGGAAGUUUUGGUUUCGGAAGUUUCGAGAGUAGGAUACCCAAAGCUGGCAGCUUUCAGGCUGCCACUCCGUAUGGAGGAAGGUAUCUGCAGCAGUUACACGAACAGUAUGAUGUCCUCCCCAAAAGAUGGUGUUGCGACUUGUCCAACUUAUGCAACCUGUACUACGCUGUGAGACCUUCGCCUCGCUGCACUAACUCAUUUAAUGCGAUAGCUGCAUCAAUUGGUGACCCGCAUAUAGUGACACUUGAUGGGCAGUCCUAUGUUUUCAAUGGCAAGGGAGAGUACACCAUUCUUCAAAUUGUUGGCCCUGAUCCCGCCAACAAUUCACUAUCAAUAAAUUACCAGUUACAGGGUCGUACUUGCCAAGCCACCAAUGCUGCAGGCAACCUUACCUCCGCCACUGUGUGGUGCGCAUUGGCCUUCAAAACAUCCACCAGCAGUUCAGUCAGAGUAGAACUGGGCACAACUGGCAAUUAUAUGGUAAUUUAUGCAAAUGGACAAGAUUAUACCCAGAGAUUCAGAGAUAAUAUCAAUUUCUCAGAAAUGAAUAAAGAUUUGUUUCUCAGAAAUGUAAACAGCUCCUUGAAAGUUUCUACGUCUGACAACAUUGGUAUCACUAUCUCCCUGGCCAACAAGCUUCUUGAGUUCACUGUAGACAUUGAUGACAAGUACAGGACCAUGACCAAAGGUCUGAUGGGAAAUUUCAACGGAGACAAAUCCGAUGAUUUCAUUUUCCCCAAUGGAACAAAGUUGUCGAACAACUCUUCCGAAAGAGAAAUCUUCGCCUAUGGAUAUUCAUGGUUAAUCAAAGAAGACUCUAGUUUGUUUGUGUAUCCAUAUGGGACUAAUUUCUCAAGCUUCACGGAUUUGAACUUUAAACCAAUAUUUAUGGACGAAGUGAGUGACACUGUUCGAAAAGAUGCUGAGAAGAAAUGUGGCAGUCAAACAAACCUACCUUGUAUAUUUGACUACAUCGCCACACAGAACGAGGACUUGGCGAAAAAUUCCAUGGCAUCCUCUGACACCUUUGAGUCCCAAAGCAAUGCAAUAGCCAACCAAGCACCUUUCAUCAAUGGAACUAGUGCCUUCAACAUCACGUUAAAUUCCCCACUUAGCUUUGUACUGCAAUGUUCUGACCCAGACAAAGACAGUUUCACAAUCAACGUCAGCUCAGGUCUAAACCACAGUUUUGAUAGUGCUACUGGAGAAUUGUCCAUAACCUUCACUCCUACAAAGAUCACCAAUGAAACAUUCCAGAUUGUCCUGAAAGACUCUAAGGGAAUGGAAUCUCAGCCCUACGUCGCCGAGCUCACUGUGUGUACCAACUGCAGUGGACACGGUGUCUGUAAUUUUGAAGACAACCAAGAAGUUAAUCCUUAUUACUCAUUGGCUAGCUGCGACUGUCGGCUCGGUUAUACUGGAACUGAUUGUGAGAUGGACAAAGAUGGCUGCAUCAAUUCCCCUUGCCCUGCGUCCACUAACUGCACAGAUGUUCCUGCUGAGGAAGAGAUCAGGACGGGCAAGUCUUAUAAAUGCAGUGACUGUCCACCUGGCUUUCAGCUAAAUGUGAAUGGCACAAAAUGUGAAGAUAUAAAUGAAUGCAAUCGCACAGUCAGUCCAUGUGAUGCCAAUGCCAAUUGUUUAAACACAAUUGGUAGCUUUCAAUGCACAUGUAAAUCUGGUUACAGAAUGCAGAUCAGCAGGUGUGUAGAUAUCAAUGAAUGCACUGAAAAUCUUCACGACUGUCAGCAGAUCUGCAUCAAUGAGCCUUCCACCUACUCAUGUGAUUGUUACGAUGGAUUUCAGAAGACUGGAUUACUUCUUCAUGACUGCUUCAAAAAUACUAGCAGUGAUCCUUGUGCCAAUCUAAACAAAACUUGUGUUUACGGCUGUAGAAACAAUUCUGGAUCAGCAGAGUGUUUCUGUGAGGUGGGAUAUAAACUCAAACCUGAUGGUGUUGGGUGUGAAGACAUUGAUGAGUGUAAAGAAAACUUGUGCUCUCAAGAGUGUAACAACACUGUGGGCAGCUACACUUGCUCCUGCUACGUAGGCUAUCAACUCAGCAGCAGGGACAAAAGAGUUUGUGAAGCAUGUUCUAACAAUUUGUAUGGUGUUGACUGUAAGUCCACUUGUAAUUGCCGUGGUCGAGCCUCAGCUUGUGACAAUGUGAAAGGCUGCUUGUGUAACAGUGGCUGGACUGGUGUCAGCUGCGACACCGACGUCAAUGAAUGUGUGGUGACACCUGACAUUUGUCCUCGGGAUCAGAUCUGCACCAACACCAACGGCUCCUACACCUGCACCUGCCCUGCUGGGUUUCAACUGGUCAACGGAAUCUGUACCAAUAUCGACGAGUGUGCCUCUGUGAUCACCAACAAUUGUUCUCAACUCUGUACUGACAAUCCUGGUUCUUACUCCUGCUCAUGUCAAAAUGGAUACACCCUCCUACCGAACAAUACUUGCCAAAAUAUCAAUGAAUGUUUCGCUGACAUUGACGGCUGUGAGCAGGACUGUGAAGAUGUUGAAGGAAGCUACAACUGUAAAUGUAACGCUGGCUACACCCUGACAGCAGACAGGAAGAGCUGCGAAAAAAUUCGUGAUCCUUGUGAAAACUUGAGCAUUAACUGCAGCUAUGGAUGCACAAUUAUCAACAAUACAGCUCAGUGCUUUUGUCAAAUUGGAUACAUUCUUGGUACAGAUGGUGCAACCUGCUUUGACAUAAAUGAGUGCACAGUCACUGGAGUCCGCCAACACAAGUGUUCAGAUCUGUGUGUAAACACUCCAGGAUCCUAUAACUGUUCAUGUCCUAUUGGCAAGGUGUUACAGAAUGACAGAAGAACUUGUCAAGUUUGUGACUCCUAUCACUGGGGUCCAGGCUGUGCCAACAAUUGUUCUUGUUAUCCUAUUGGUUCUGAGACUUGUGACCCAGUCAUCGGCUGCAAAUGCAAAAGUGGUUGGGCCGGAACCAAGUGUAUGCAGGAUAUCAAUGAGUGUGACUCUGAAACAUCCCCGUGUCCAUUACUGUCCAUCUGUAUGAACACACCUGGAUCUUAUUACUGCCAGUGUCCUAGUGGCUACAAGCUGUUUAAUAAUACUUGCAUAGACAUUGAUGAAUGUGUAGAGAACAAACCUUGCGAUCAGAUCUGCACUAAUGUUCCUGGAAGCUAUCGAUGUUCCUGUUUCAGACAAGGCUUCAGAGUUAAUGGUUCCAAAUGUGUUGACAUUGAUGAAUGCUCUGUCUCCACGUUGAAUAACUGCGAACAGUUGUGUAGGAAUACAGAGGGCAGCUUUGCCUGUGACUGCAAUGAUGGAUACAUUCUCAACACCACGACACGCUCAACUUGUGACCGUCUGUCUACGACAAAGACGUGUGCCAACACUACCUGCAGCCAGAUCUGUAACAUCGUCUCUGACCUUGAGGUCUGCUCCUGUCAUUCUGGUUACACCCUUCAUUCUGAUAACAAAACUUGUUUUGAUACUGAUGAGUGCAAAGGGACCAAUCCCUGUCAGAAUGGGGUGUGCAACAACGUCAACGGAAGCUUCUACUGUACAUGUAGCAAUGGAUCUAAGCUCUCCUCUGAUAUGAUAACAUGCCAGCCUUGUGACUUUGGUCUCUAUGGCGCCAACUGUAACUCUUCUUGUCUUUGCAAUACAACCAACACGAUCACGUGCAACGCCACCAAUGGCCAAUGCCAGUGCAAGAGUGGCUGGGACAGUGACUACUGCUCCGUGGACAUUGAUGAGUGCACGAAUAACGUCUGCCCUAACAACUCCAGGUGCAUCAACUCCCCAGGGUCCUACAGGUGUGUCUGCAACCCUGGCUACUACAGCAACGGUCAAGUUUGCUCAAUCUGUGACUCAACUCGCUUUGGUCAAGAUUGUGCUAGGACAUGUACCUGCAACUUUGCCAACACUGUGGUCUGUAAUCACACCAAUGGUCAGUGUAACUGUAAGCCUGGCUGGGAAGGAGUCAAUUGUGACCAGGACAUCAAUGAAUGUUCCAACACUAGCUACUGCAGUGGAAGCUUUGUCCAGUGUAUCAAUCUGAAUGGUUCAGCAGAGUGUAGGUGUACAUCUGGAUAUGAGAAACCUAACAGUGCUGGAACCUGUCAAGAUGUCAACGAGUGUCUUAAUUCCCUGCUGAACACCUGUGGUGGGUCGACGGACUGUGUCAACACUGAUGGCUCCUACAAGUGUGUUUGUGCCAAUGGCUACUAUGAAGUGUCUGGAGUAUGCACUCCCUGUAAUGCUACAAGUUUUGGUGUGAACUGCUCCCAGACCUGCACCUGUAUAGAAGCCAACACUUUGGACUGUAAUGAUAAAACUGGAGUUUGCACAUGUCUCCCUGGCUGGAAUGGCAGCAUAUGUGACCUAGAUAUUGAUGAGUGCUUGUUGAAUGCCAACUUUUGCACAGACCCUAAUAGUUUCUGUUUGAAUUUGAAUGGUUCAGUUCUUUGUGAGUGUGAGACAGGUUUCUAUAGACCUUUCCCCGGCAACUUUUGUCAAGUUUGUGAACCUAAUCACUAUGGACCCAACUGUGCACAGCAAUGUAGUUGUAUGAUGGCUAACACUGCUGACUGUGACGAUGUCAAUGGUACAUGCACUUGUAAACCUGGCUGGACUGGACUCAAUUGUGAUCAUCUUGUUGACCAAUGUUCAAACACCACUUUGUGUACUGCAGGCAAUGAAACAUGUUACAAUAUCUCUGGUACAGCCACGUGUGAUUGUCUUAUUGGUUUUCAUAGACCAACAUCAGGAGGACCUUGUCAAGGCUGUGAUAGCACCCACUGGGGUCAGAACUGUUCCAAUGUCUGCCAAUGUGAUGUCAGUAAUUCUCAAGACUGUAAUGAUGUGAAUGGUACAUGUACUUGUAAACCUGGAUGGACUGGAACCAACUGUAAACAAGACAUAGAUGAGUGCUCUAUUAACUUAAAUUUCUGCACAAACCUUCAUGAAGUAUGCCACAAUCUGAAUGGCUCAGCUGAAUGCAUUUGUCAAAAUGGUUUCUUUAAACCAAAUAGCUCAGCCAGUUGUGAAGCCUGUAACUCCACUCAUUACGGACCCAACUGUGCUCAUCAAUGUACUUGUAUGAUGACCAACACAGCUGAUUGUAAUGAUGUCAAUGGUACGUGUACUUGUAAACCUGGAUGGACUGGUACCAACUGUGACCAAGACAUAAAUGAGUGUGCUAUUAACUCUUCAUUCUGCACCAACUUAAAUGAAAGUUGUCAUAAUCUGAAUGGCUCAGCUGAAUGUAUUUGUAAAGUGGGUUACUAUAGACCAACAACUAGUGAUGCAUGUCAAGCCUGUGACAGCACCCACUGGGGUCAGAACUGUUCCAACGUCUGCCAAUGUGAUGUCAGUAAUUCUCUAGACUGUAAUGAUGUCAAUGGUACAUGCAGUUGUAAAACUGGCUGGAAUGGAACCAACUGUGACCAAGACAUAGAUGAGUGUGCUAUUAACUCUUCAUUCUGCACCAACUCUAAUGAAAGCUGUCAUAAUCUGAAUGGCUCAGCUGAAUGUAUUUGUAAAGUGGGUUACUAUAGACCAACAACUAGUGAUGUAUGUCAAGCCUGUGACAGCACCCACUGGGGUCAGAACUGUUCCAACGUCUGCCAAUGUGAUGUCAGUAAUUCUCUAGACUGUAAUGAUGUCAAUGGUACAUGCAGUUGUAAAACUGGCUGGAAUGGAACCAACUGUGACCAAGACAUAGAUGAGUGUGCUAUUAACUCUUCAUUCUGCACCAACUCUAAUGAAAGCUGUCAUAAUCUGAAUGGCUCAGCUGAAUGUAUUUGUAAAGUGGGUUUCUAUAAACCAACAACUAGUGAUGAAUGUCAAGCCUGCAAUGCAACACACUACGGAGAAAAUUGUCAGCUCCAGUGUUCAUGCUUGGAGGGCAAUACACUCGACUGUAAUCAUGUCAACGGUACAUGCACCUGUGAAUCUGGUUGGAGUGGAACCAACUGUGACCUUGAUAUAGACGAGUGCGUCACAAACACCAGUUAUUGUUCUGGCCCUGAAGAAACUUGUCAAAAUCUAAAUGGUUCAGCUGAAUGCUUGUGUCAUGUUGGGUUUUACAGGCCAUCUUCUGAAAAAGAUUGUCAAGCCUGUAAUUCCACUCGUUAUGGACCCAACUGUACACUUCAAUGUAACUGUAUGAUGGCUAACACAGCUGAUUGUGAUGAUGUGAAUGGUACAUGCACUUGUAGAGUUGGAUGGAAUGGAACCAACUGUGACCAAGAUAUAGACGAGUGUGACAACACCAGUUAUUGUGCUGGUCCUGAAGAAACUUGUCACAAUCUAAAUGGUUCAGCUGAAUGCCUGUGUCAAGAUGGUUAUUACAGGCCAACUUCUGGGUCACAAUGUCAAGCCUGUAACUCCACUCACUAUGGACCCAACUGUGCACUUCAAUGUAACUGUAUGAUGACCAACACUGCUAAUUGUAGUAAUGUCAAUGGUACAUGUACUUGUAAACCUGGCUGGACUGGACUCACUUGUGACCAAGAUAUAGAUGAGUGUGUCACAAACGCCAAUUAUUGUCCAGGUCCUGAAGAAACUUGUCACAAUCUAAACGGUUCAGCUGAAUGCCUGUGUCAAGAUGGUUUUUACAGGCCAACUUCUGGAUCACAAUGUCAAGCUUGUAACUCCACUCAGUAUGGACCCAACUGUGCACUUCAAUGCAGUUGUAUGACGGCCAACACUGCUAAUUGUAAUAAUGUCAAUGGUACAUGCACUUGUAAUCCAGGCUGGACUGGACUCAAUUGUGGUCAUCUUGUUGACCAAUGUUCAAACACCACUUUGUGUACUUCGGCCAACGAAACAUGUUACAAUAUCUCUGGUACAGCAACAUGUGAUUGUCUCAUUGGUUUCCAUAGACCAACAUCAGGAGGAGCUUGUCAAGGUUGUGACAGCACCCAUUGGGGUCAGAACUGUUCCAAUGUCUGCCAAUGUGAUGUCAGUAAUUCUCUAGACUGUAAUGAUGUCAAUGGAACAUGUACUUGUGAAUCUGGCUGGAAUGGAACCAAUUGUAACCAAGACAUAGAUGAGUGUGCUAUUAACAGAACAGUCUGCACAAACCUUCAUGAAGUAUGCCACAAUCUGAAUGGCUCAGCUGAAUGUGUUUGUCAAGAUGGUUUCUUUAAACCAAAUAGUUCAGCCAGUUGUCAAGCCUGUAACUCCACUCACUAUGGACCCAACUGUGCUCAUCAAUGUAAAUGUAUGAUGACCAACACAGAUGAUUGUAAUGAUGUCAAUGGUACAUGCAGUUGUAAACCUGGCUGGACUGGAACCAACUGUGACCUUGAUAUAGACGAGUGCGUCACAAACACCAGUUAUUGUACUGGCCCUGAAGAAACUUGUCUAAAUCUAAAUGGUUCAGCUGAAUGCUUGUGUCAUGUUGGGUUUUACAGGCCAUCUUCUGAAAAAGAUUGUCAAGCCUGUAAUUCCACUCGUUAUGGACCCAACUGUGCACUUCAAUGUAACUGUAUGAUGGCUAACACAGCUGAUUGUGAUGAUGUGAAUGGUACAUGCACUUGUAGAGUUGGAUGGAAUGGAACCAACUGUGACCAAGAUAUAGAUGAGUGUGUCACAAACACCAAUUAUUGUCCAGGUCCUGAAGAAACUUGUCACAAUCUAAACGGUUCAGCUGAAUGCCUGUGUCAAGAUGGUUUUUACAGGCCAACUUCUGGAUCACAAUGUCAAGCUUGUAACUCCACUCAGUAUGGACCCAACUGUGCACUUCAAUGCAGUUGUAUGAUGGCCAACACUGCUAAUUGUAAUAAUGUCAAUGGUACAUGCACUUGUAAUCCAGGCUGGACUGGACUCAAUUGUGGUCAUCUUGUUGACCAAUGUUCAAACACCACUUUGUGUACUGCGGCCAAUGAAACAUGUUACAAUAUCUCUGGUACAGCAACAUGUGAUUGUCUCAUUGGUUUCCAUAGACCAACAUCAGGAGGAUCUUGUCAAGGUUGUGACAGCACCCACUGGGGUCAGAACUGUUCCAAUGUCUGUCAAUGUGAUGUCAGUAAUUCUCUAGACUGUAAUGAUGUCAAUGGUACAUGUACUUGUGAAUCUGGCUGGAAUGGAACCAAUUGUAACCAAGACAUAGAUGAGUGUGCUAUUAACAGAACAGUCUGCACAAACCUUCAUGAAGUAUGCCACAAUCUGAAUGGCUCAGCUGAAUGUGUUUGUCAAGAUGGUUUCUUUAAACCAAAUAGUUCAGCCAGUUGUCAAGCCUGCAAUUCCACUCACUAUGGACCCAACUGUGCUCAUCAAUGUAAUUGUAUGAUGACCAACACAGAUGAUUGUAAUGAUGUCAAUGGUACAUGCACUUGUAAACCUGGCUGGACUGGAACCAACUGUGACCAAGACAUAGAUGAGUGUGCUAUAAACUCUUCAUUCUGCACCAACUCAAAUGAAAGUUGUCAUAAUCUGAAUGGCUCAGCUGAAUGUAUUUGUAAAGUGGGUUACUAUAGACCAACAACUAGUGAUGCAUGUCAAGCCUGUGACCCAACUCACUAUGGACCCAACUGUGCACAUCAAUGCAGUUGUAUGGUGGCCAACACAGCUGAUUGUGAUGAUGUCAGUGGUACAUGCACUUGUAAACCCAGCUGGACUGGACUCAAUUGUGACCAUCUUCUUGACCAAUGUACUAACAAAACAUUUUGUACAGCAGGAAAUGAAACAUGUUACAAUAUCUCUGGUACAGCCACAUGUGAUUGUCUCAUUGGUUUUCAUAGACCAGGAGUAUCUUGUGAAGGUUGUGAUAGCACCCAUUGGGGUCAGAACUGUUCCAAUGUCUGCCAAUGUGAUGUCAGUAAUUCUCUAGACUGUAAUGAUGUCAAUGGUACAUGUACUUGUGAACCUGGCUGGACUGGAACCAAAUGUGAUCAAGACAUAGAUGAGUGUGCUAUUAACUUAUCACUCUGCAACAACUCUAAUGAAGUAUGCCAUAAUCUGAAUGGUUCAGCUGAAUGCAUUUGUCAAGAUGGUUUCUUUAAGCCCAAUAGUUCAGCCACUUGUCAAGCCUGUAACUCCACUCACUACGGACCCAACUGUGCUCAUCAAUGUAAUUGUAUGAUGACCAACACAGCUGAUUGCAAUGAUGUCAAUGGUACAUGUACUUGUAAUCCUGGCUGGACUGGACUUACUUGUGGUCAUCUUGUUGACCAAUGUACUAACAGCUCAUUUUGUACAGCUGCCAAUGAAACAUGUUACAAUAUCUCUGGUACAGCAACAUGUGAUUGUCGCAUAGGUUUCCAUAGACCAACAUCAGGUGGAUCUUGUCAAGGUUGUGACAGCACCCAUUGGGGUCAAAACUGUUCCAAUGUCUGCCAAUGCAAUGACAGUAAUUCUCUAGACUGUAAUGAUAUCAAUGGUACAUGUACUUGUAAAACUGGAUGGACUGGAACCAACUGUGACCAAGACAUAGAUGAGUGUGCUAUUUACUCAACAUUCUGCACAAACCUUUAUGAAGUAUGCCACAAUCUGAAGGGUUCCGCUGAAUGCGUUUGUCAAAAUGGUUUCUACAGACCAACAGCUGGUGCUGCAUGUCAAGGCUGUGAUAGCACCCACUGGGGUCAGAACUGUUCCAAUGUCUGCCAAUGUGCUGUCACAAAUUCUCUGGACUGUAAUGAUGUCAGUGGUACAUGCACUUGUAAACCUGGCUGGACUGGAACCAAGUGUGACCUAAAGAAAGUUUGUGAUUCCACUCAUUAUGGACCAACCUGUGCCAGUGAAUGUACCUGUGACGUUGCUAACACUAUUGACUGUAAUUCUGAGAAUGGAGCUUGUACAUGUAAAGAUAGCUGGACUGGUGCUAACUGUAAUCAAGUGAAGAGUUUGUCUGCUUCGGUUACGAUGCCUAUUAAAAAUCCACCUCUUGAAGUGCUUAAUACUUCUUCAAGUGUCUUUUUUGAAUACAGAGCGACAAUCCUAGCCGAGUUGCGAGCGAUCAGUUCAAGAAAUUUUGGUCAAGAUAUAGUUAUUAUACAUAUAAUUAGUUUCAGGUUGGGCUCUCUAAUAGCCGAUAUAAUUAUGGAAAUCAGCGGUACAGAACCAAAUGUAAUAAAUGAUCCAACUACAAACACAGCUGCCAACUUUACAAAUUUCCUGAUCGAUGUGACCAAGAGCAGUGUUAAUAUUAAUGGCACAGACUAUCCAUUCACUCUGUCUUUGAAUGGAGUCAACGUUACAUCAAAUACAACUAAAUGUGCAAUCUACAUGAGAGUUACAAAUAUUACCUGUCUUGACUGUGUCUUCGAAGAUGGGAAUGCUCAUCCUACUUGCUCUGUUUCACCAGUUUCAGAUUCAGAUGGCAGCAAUGAUUUGAUCAUUGGCCUGGCAGUCGGUAUCCCAUUGUUUGUCAUUCUGACAGUGGUCGUGUUGGUAUUAGUGUGCCUGUACGUCAGGAGAAAGUCUUCUAAAAACUUGGGAUCAGUGUCUGAAGAGAGGGAGUCACCUUUUGGAAGAUUCUUUCCGACUAGACUUGAUCCCAAGGGAUCAUGGGGUACGCCUUCCUUGUAUAAAGCUGAUGCUUACUCUGAGGCUGGCACCAGCCAGAACAGUCGGGAUGGUCAGUUGAUUAGAAAGACUAAAAAGAAGUCUCCAGAGUUCCAGGACUCGGCCUGGUAUGCAAGUACUAGCAGCUCUGUCCAGCCAGCCGCAGGUCAAGAACAAGGAGUGCAAGAACCCCCAACGGGCCAGGCGUCUAAUUUCUCUUGGGACUAUAUGUUCCAGUUGUUGGAGCCUCACAAAGGGUUUGAGAUCCAGAGGCCAAACGUCAGCCCGUCACCUAAUCCAGCUUUUUUAAAAAAGGGUCCUGACUCUAAUGCUUAGGAGACAUAAACAAACUUGAACCAAAUGAAAUCUCAAAGCCAAAGUUGGAUUGUUAGUUUGGGAAUGUUCUCAGGAUGAUCAGACUACCUUCAAGAGACCUGUCUGAAACUUAUAUUUAUCCAUCAUUGGUAAUUGUAUCAUUGUUGAAUAACUGUACUGGUGAUUAAAUAAAUUAUCUGUUAAACAAUUUAUGUUUGGAUAAAUAAAUCCUUUGUUGAACAAAUUAUAUUUUGUGUAUCAAUAUCUUAGGAUUGCAAAAUGUUCUUGUUUAAUAGCUUAUAGUGUUUGGAUCUGUCCCAAUAUAAUGAAACUGAAGUCAACAAAAAAAAAAGUUUUCCAUUUUCUUCAGUUGAUUUCAGUUAGGUGGACCUAAGUAUAAUAAUUUAUCUAAAAAGUACGAAGCUUUACAUUAGAAUAGGCAUUGAUUCGAAGAAAUGGUUUUAAAAAAUAGAAUAGUUUUGUCAGAAAUAACUUCUUAAGAGAACGAAAAACCUGAUUCAGUAAUUAAAGUCAUAAUAAAUUACCGCACUAAACAUUAUUUUCUUAAACUUAAAAAUGUUACAUUAUUUUAUUCGGAAAUAGCUUGGCCAACUUCUGUAUAGAUCAUACUCAUUCCUGUAAGAAUUUGUUCUUCUACAAAGUUGUGUAGAUAAAUGCCUUAUUUACAUGCUCCACAUUCCUGGAGUGUUUCUCACACUUCACUCAUGAUAUCUUGUAUAAAAUAUGACCAUUUAACUCUUUCUCUCUGUAAUUAUUUUCUACAUUCCGAUGGAAUCAUUUAUUUUGCUCAUUAGUGUUUCACUAUCCUGUUACGGUUAAACUUCCAAAACUUUUUGCAUGUACACAGGAGAUGUUAUUUUAGGUAUAUAAUUGUUGCAUGCACUUUUUAAGUAACAAUGAAAAAGGUUUUUAAAACCAAAAAAUACUUUUAUUUAAUGGGGUCAAAUUGGCGUUGGAAUCGUUAGUUAGGAGAGAAAGAGUUAAUGCUAAAAUAAAGAAAUAAAGGACAAAAAUUGUAUUUUUGUCUAAGAUGUACAUAGGUUUCGUUUUUUUUUCAUGAGAGCCAAAUUUUAUAUAACUCUGUCUUUCAUAGACUUUUGAAUAUAUAUAUAUGCAUUUAUUUCUAUAUGUUGUUUGUGAAGCCCUGAUCCAAUAUGUUUAUAUGUGAAAUUUUCCUUAUUAAGAAUAUUGUUUUGAAACAUAUUUAUUGGUUUUGUCUGUCACCCGUCUACUUUUUAAGUCUAUCGACAAGAAAAAGACACUUAUAAAUAACAUUCUAAUCGACAUAGCAAUUAUAAUAUGAUUGUUUGACAUAGAACUACUGGUUACCGAGGACAUCCUUCAGAAAUAAGUAGUCAUUGUAUAUUGAAGAUGUUUGCAGUGUAAUGUACUUGUGUGCUGUUCUAUUGAGCUGCGCCAGUAAAAUAAUGGAGGAGCCAGCUUCUGUAGGCAGAUCCUUCCACUCUGUGACUACAAUUCACUACAACAUGUAAAUAACUUUCGCAAAGUGAAUCUACAUAUUCAAAAAUUCAUGAGAAAGUUUCAUCAUUGUUACAUCUUUUUUUAGAAGCUCCUCUAGAAACACAGAUUUUUUGUAGUGUUUAGACCAAAACUAAUAAAUAGUAAUAAAAGAAAUAUGCUUUAUCUGGAUUUCUUUACUUGAACAUUAUAUGCGCUUAUGAUAUGACUCUCAGUUGAUCCAUGGUCAAUAAAUAGAGUUAUUGUUAAUGCCUUGUCCUUACACAGUUCUGUAAUAUUUUUUUUUUUGUAAAUAACUUCAAUAACUACUAGGCCAGCUAACGUCAUUAUUUAUGUUCAAUAUUGUGCAUUGUGGCAAUGUGCCUAAACUCUACAGGGGGCUUUUUUUUUUUUUUUUUUUUGCAAUGACAUUGUUUCUACUGUUCCAUAUUUUGUUUAUGUAAAACAUUAUGAUGCAAUCUGUACAUAGGUAGAUUCUAAACAAAAUCUCACUUGACUGAAUCUAUUGCUGUGUUCUGCCUCAUGUAUUUAUGUGGAGAAAUCCAGACAUUUUCAAGCAAUUUAAUCAAAACUGUUGUCAUGACUACAGUAAACAGCUCAUGUGGCCAGAUUUUUGUUAUUGAUAAAUCCAUAAUUAAUUUUUUAGUUGUUUUAAAAUCUUUUUUUUUCCAUCUGUCUAUCUAAUUGCAGAUUUUCUUUCUAAUGAGUCAAUUAAAAAAAAACUCAUGGCCUUAUUUUUCUUUGCCUUUAUUUUUUUUUCUUAAUCACUAAUAUUUAGUGUUGGCCAUAAUAGUUUCUAAGUAAUUUCCUUUAAAGUUUAAUUUUUCAUUAGUAGCCAGCCAUCAUGUACAGUGUUCUGUAGUCAUAGGCUCAAGAUAAUUUUACUAACUAUGCAAUAUUUAUCAUAUAUCAUACAUUAUUAUAAUGGUACACUUAUUUUUUUUUUCCUUUUUGAGCCGGUCUAUGUAAUUAUAUAUUCCUUUGCUAUGAAACGUUUGGCAAAUCAAUUUUCUUGUAAAUUUGUUGGUUAAUCAUGUGAUGAAAUCGAGUCAAAUUAAUCUAUAUGUGUGUGAGGGUUAGCAGUGUGUGUGUGUGUGUGUGAAAACCCUUCAGAACAUGUUACUGUAUGUGUAAUUGAAGACUGAUGUGCUAGUCUUUGAUUUAUUUGAUGUAUAAGAUGAUAUUAACAUACCUCAGAGGAUGUCUACUGUGACAUCAUUUUUUUAUUUUUUUUUUACCUAUGUGUAGAUGAUAAAGAUGUUUUCAUGAUAUGUGAUUGAACAAUGUCAAGAUGUUGGAUUUGAUUUAUAUCAUUAUCAUGUCUGAUUCAGUGUAUGAUUGCUCCAUGGUGAAUGAAUUAUUUAAUUAUGAUUGAUUUAACAAUAAUUUCAGCUUUAACUACAUUCCCAUUAGCACAUAUCAAGGGCUGCCACUCUGUUGUGUUUACAAAUCUCAUGUUUUUGAAAUUGUUCCAGUUUCUUAGUCCAUGCAGAGUUAUCUCCUUGGAAAAAAAUAUUUAUUAAAUUAUAACAAGUCAAAAAAGCAUUAUUUAAAUUUUAUUUCGGUAAAAAAAAAUACAACAUAUAAAAAUACAUUAUUGACUUGGAAACAACAUAGAACCACAAAUAUCUUUUGUUUAACUUUGAACAGUGUAUUUGACUAAAUUGUUACACCCAUAACAUAUAUCUGUUUGUGAUAUGUAAUUUGAUAAAUUCGCUUGAACCUUAAAUGUAAUUUUCUAUUUGGCUCCAUUUCUUUGUUUUUCUUGUUUCAGUAUUGGCUAGUAAAUAAAAUUGUUUCUUCUAUAUUCCCAGUACUACUUAUAUUACUAUUUAUACUGAACACUUUAUUCUAUUUGUUAUUUUGUAUUUUAUGUUCAAUAUUUAUUGAAAUAUAUUGUGAAGAAAUCUUGCAAAGUCUAUACAAAAAAAAUAUUGUUAAUAAAUUUAGGAUACAAAUAAUU